AUGGUCAACCCAAGCAAAGCUUGGUCUGCUUGCCUCGCAUUUGGCCUUGCUGUCCCUGGCUCUGCAACUUAUGACCGAGAAGGCCAACGCGUGGGCUACAAUCCGCUAAUCACUGAAUGGAAUGGCCCCGACUCCAACAUGACUGCCACCAUGGAUCUCGUCGAUGCGAGCUAUGUCUCGCUCUUCCAAGAACGUCGACAUAUCGAUGUAACAGCAUGGGCUGGUGUCGUCAGUGCUGGAGGGCAAAUCAUCAUUGCAGCCAAUGCCGGCAUUGGGAUCUACCAGUUCAUUGCCGAUAGCAUCAAGAGCAAAGCUGAACACAAUAGUUGCUCUAUGACUAUCGGCACGGAUGGCAAUGGACAUGUUGUGGAGGGUUAUGCGUACCUGGCGACUACGAGCGGCCAUGAUUGCAAGACUACGGCCGAGACGAAGACUAUCCUUGCUGCGGUGAAGAACUGUGCCGAUUGGCAGCACAAACAUGGUGCUAUCACUGGCUGUUGCGUACUUUCUCACGGCGGGACUUGGAAAGGUCAUUUGCGCCUUACCUCUCAGCCUAGCAAGUUCCCAGCGCAUACGGUCAACUGUGAUUAG